UAUUGAAUCUGAUAGUAUCAUUUCUAAGUUUAUUAAUGCUAAUGUGACUAGUUAUGAUCAUACAGCAACACUUUUAGAUGGAAAGAUUUAUGUUAUCGGUGGAAUACAUUAUUUUAAUGUAAAUUCAGGAUCUUAUGUAGAUAUGUCAUCAAUUGGUGUUUACAAUACUAAAGAUAGUACAUGGAAUACAGUG